AUGGAUGCUGCACCUCCCAUUGCCGUGGAUGCAACUGCUUUAUGGAAAGAGGAAAAGAAAUCCUAUGUCCUUGGCACUUCUAUUCCACUAGUCCUUGUUAUUGAUGCUAACGCUGAGGAUAAGGAAGCAUAUCCGUAUCAUAAGGAUGACAAUGAUCAGGCAGCAUGUGUGAUGCUAGCUAGUAUGACCCCUGAGCUCCAAAAGCAGCAUGAACAUAUGGAUGUCCAAUCCAUGAUUCUUCACCUUAAAGAAAUGUUCGAUAAGAAGGGGCGCACUGAGAUAUAUGAGAUCUCUAAAGAACUAUUCCGAUGCAAGAUGGCAGAAAGUAGUUUUGUUAGACCCCAUGUGUUGAAGAUGAUUGGACUCAUCGAGAGACUUGGACAAUUAGGAUUAGCAAUGGAUCAUGAGCUAAGUAUAGACUUAGUUCUGCAAUCUCUUCUUGACAGCUUUAGUCAGUUCAUGUUGAACUUUUAUAUGAAUCGAUUGGAAGCCACUUUUCUUGAACUUCUAAAUAUGUUGGACAUGACAGAAAGGUCCAUCAAGAAAGAUAAUGGAUCAUUACUUCUUGUUUCUUUUUCCAAGGCUCAUACGAAGCAACAGAAGGGGAAAGCCCAAAAAAGGAAGAAGGUAAAAUCGAAAAAUGAAAAGGCCUUAAAGCCUAAGGGAGGUGUCAAGAAGGAUAAAGAGAAGGACAUUUGCUAUCAUUGUGGCAAACUUGGGCAUUAG